GUAUGUUUAAACUGGUAACACCAGCUCUUGUCUCUGCUUGUCAUUCGUGCACAGUUAGUGCUAAAGGAUUGUUGAAGCAUGUUGCUGAGGAGGGGUCUUCGCAUGUUUUCAUGCCCAUGGCCCGCGGUCCAGUGUCGCACCGUCAACUCCUGGGAUUACUCUCGGAGUUUGGCGGUGGAGAGUGUCUUAUCUCAGUUUAAGUCCAUCUGUGGAGAGGAUGGGCUCUCUGUGGGGGAGGCUGUGAGGGAACAGCACGGCAGGGACGAGUCCAUGCACAGAUGUUGUCCUCCAGAUGCAGUAGUGUUUCCUCGCUGUGUGGAGGAGGUCAGUGCUUUGGCCAAAGUCUGUCAUGCCAACAAUGUGCCCAUCAUCCCAUUUGGGACAGGCACCAGUCUGGAGGGAGGAGUCGGGGCAGUAGAAGGAGGGGUUUGUUUCAGUUUAAGAAAUAUGGACAAGAUCGUAGAUCUGCAUGCAGAGGACUUUGAUGUGACAGUGGAGCCUGGUGUGACCCGGAAAACCCUCAACACUUAUCUCCGAGACACAGGCCUUUGGUUUCCAGUUGAUCCGGGGGCAGAUGCAUCGCUGUGUGGGAUGGCUGCCACCAGUGCGUCUGGUACUAAUGCAGUCCGAUAUGGGACCAUGAGAGAUAAUGUCCUGAACCUGGAGGUGGUGCUGGCUGAUGGGACCAUUAUUCACACCGCAGGAAAGGGCCGCCGACCCAGAAAGUCCGCCGCUGGGUACAACCUGACAAACCUGUUUGUUGGCUCAGAAGGCACCCUUGGCAUUAUCACCAAGACUACUCUUCGUUUGUAUGGGAUCCCAGAGGCAAUGGUUUCUGCUGUGUGCUCCUUCCCUUCUGUCCAGGCUGCUGUGGACAGCACUGUGCAAAUCCUACAGGCAGGGGUGCCCAUUGCUCGUAUUGAGUUUCUGGAUGAUGUAAUGGUGGAGGCCUGUAACCGCUACAGUUCCCUGUCCUGCCCUGUGAACCCCACUCUCUUCCUGGAGUUUCACGGCUCUAAGGACAGCCUGAAGGAGCAGGUCGAGUUAACAGAGGACAUAACACAGACAAAUGGAGGCUCACACUUUCAAUGGGCUAAGGAUGCAGAUACCCGUAACCACCUGUGGGCUGCUCGUCACAACGCCUGGUAUGCUGCCCUGGCUCUCAGACCAGGCUGCAAGGCUUACUCCACUGAUGUGUGUGUCCCUCUGUCUCAUCUGCCCCAAAUUAUAGUGGAAACAAAGGAGGAUCUCAUAAAGAACAAUUUGACAGGACCCAUAGCCGGCCAUGUGGGAGAUGGGAACUUCCACUGCAUCAUGGUGGUGGACCCCAAUGACAAAGAUGAGUUGAACAGGCUGCGCUUGUUCACAGACAGACUGGCCAGGCGAGCUCUGGCUUUGGAUGGGACGUGCACCGGAGAACAUGGCGUGGGGCUGGGGAAGAGGCACCUGCUUGUGGAGGAAGUGGGCUGUCCCGCAAUUACUGUAAUGCAGGCCCUAAAACACACACUUGACCCCAAGAACUUGCUGAACCCUGGCAAGGUGCUACUGCCGUUCAGCAGAGAGUCACGGCAGGGUUAAGAGGUCCACUUCUGUGAUACUUAUUCACCCCAUAUUGUUACACUCCACAACCUGUGACAUAACUAUGACUUGGGUGGAUAAUAUUAUUUGUAUUUGCACUGUAUCUCUUCAGACUGUUUUGUCAGUUUAAAUAGUUUGCCAUAAAAUUUUACAGCUUUUGAGAAAACUUAGCACAACCAGGUUUGAGAGAUUUUCAUCAGUUUUUUUUUUUGUAUUUUUUGGUUGUGCAUUUAGGAUCAACAUUUUCAUUCUUUUCUUCAAUUCUAAUGAUAUUCUUUUGAUCAAUACUGUGCAAUAAAACAAUAUAAAGGAAACAGGUAAACGAUCAUAAACUAAUAAUAAAUGAGUUAAAUCUCUCAAAUCA